GAGUGACUCCGCCCCUCGCCCUGAUUGGAGUCAAUCAUUGACGACGCUUAAAGGCGCCGCGCCGAUUUCUGAGCUUCUCGUGGAAGUAUCAUGGGAGGGAGCGCUGCCCUGCGGGAGGCCGUGCGGGUGAGAUUCGCACCCAGCCCCACAGGCUUUCUGCACCUGGGGGGCCUGCGGACCGCACUGUACAACUACCUCUUCGCCCGGAAGCACAACGGCCGCUUCCUUCUGCGCCUGGAGGACACCGACCAGAGCCGGCUGGUGGACGGAGCAGCCCAGGGCAUCGAGGACAUGCUGGAGUGGGCAGGCAUCUCUCCGGAUGAGAGCCCUCGCCGAGGGGGUUCCGUGGGGCCCUACCUGCAGUCCCAGCGCCUGGGCCUCUACCGGGAGGCCUCCGACUUUCUCCUGGACAAGGGGGCUGCCUACCGCUGCUUCUGCACCCCACGGCGCCUGGAGCUCCUCAAGAAGGAGGCUCUGCGAAACCGGCAGACCCCACGGUACGACAACCGUUGCCGACACCUGAGUCCCUCGCAGGUGGAGGAGAAGCUCUCCCAGGGUACAGACCACGCGGUGCGCUUCCGCCUGGAGCAGGGUGCCGAGGAGCCCUUCCUGGACUUGGUCUACGGAUGGAGCCGCCACGAGGUGUCCAGCGUGGAGGGGGACCCGGUGAUCCUGAAGAGCGACGGCUUCCCCACCUACCACUUGGCCAACGUGGUGGACGACCACCGGAUGGGCAUCAGCCACGUCCUGCGGGGCACUGAGUGGCUGACCUCCACCUCCAAGCACCUGCUGCUGUACAGGGCCUUUGAGUGGCAGCCCCCUCGCUUCGGCCACCUCCCGCUCCUCCUCAACCGCGACGGGAGCAAGCUCUCCAAGCGGCAGGGAGACCUCUUCGUGGAGGGCUUUGUGCGGGAAGGAUGCCUGCCGGAAGCCCUGCUGGACCUGCUCACCAACUGCGGCUCCGGCUUUGUGGGCAACCGGGUGGGAAGGACGCUGCCGGAGCUGAUAGAGGAGUUCGACUUGGGCAGAAUCGAGCGGCACUCGGCCCUUUUGGACCUGGAGAAGCUCCCUGAGUUCAACAGGACCCAUUUGUCCCGGAGGAUUGGGGACGAGGCGCUGCGGCGGGAGCUUGUGUCCGAGCUGCAGGCGGCUGUAGAAGAAGCCUUUGGCCAGCGGCUGGUGGACCGAGGGGUCCUGGAGGCACCGUAUGUGGAACAGGUCCUCCUCCUGCGGAGGGGCCACGUCAACCAGCUCAAGGACUUAGUGUCCUCCAAGUACACAUUCUUGUGGAUCCGUCCCUCUGUGUCCCAUGAAGAGCUGCAUUCAAUUUCGUCUGAGGCAGAGAAGAUAGGAACAUUGGUCCUCGGGCUCCUGGACCGGCCGGUGGCCCCUCUCUCCCUGGAGGAGCUCAGCAGGGACUUGCGACUGCUGACGGAGCAAAUCAAAGAAACCAAAUACAGUAGCGCAAUGAAGCUGCUCCGCUUGGCCCUCAGCGGCCGACAGGAAGGGCCCAGCGUUGCCGAAAUGUUGGUCUCCUUGGGGCGCAGAGAGGCCUGCACCCGGAUCCAGAAGGCCCUGUGCAGGUGAUCUUGCAGCCGUGGAAGAGUGACAGCGCAAAGGACCAGUGAUCCAUGGAUUAGGAAGAAUGCGCUUGCCCUGGACCGUUUGUGAUAAUGGACUUUCAGAAAGAAAGGACUCAAUGGGACUUCCAAUAAACGAAUGUGGAAUUGAAAUGCGUCCCAUUGAAAGAAGCAACUUUGGGGAAAUACUCCACGGCUUCCAUGAUUCAGUGGCUCAACAUGGCAACGACUGCGAUCGCAAUGUGUUCUGUGCAUAAAUAAAGUGGAAUCAUGGGUGCUGGGUGCUUAAAAACUAGCAAUCUGUCACCUAAGAAAGAUUUUUGAAAAGUUCAUGCAAAACCUGGAGAUUACCUCUUGUAAAGCUCUCCGUCUUGGUUUGGGGAUUCUGGGUCUGAACUAACUUUCCGAAGCUCUCCAUGAAAAUAAAAGAGCAAAAAUAAA